CUCCCGACGGCUUCAAACCGCCUCACCCUUACGCCAAAAGGUUCUCUAUUUCUCUUGGUCUAUUACUGCCCAUAGACCCUUCCCUUGGCCCAACCUCCCGUCACCCCUCCUCUACCUCUUCAGUCCACUCGAACUUAUCAUCUUUUCCUCCCCUCACCUAACUGGGCCACCGGCAGAGGAGCCGUUUUCGCCCGUGUUAUCUUCGACUGGCACUUUCCUUCUUUUUCCUCCUGAUAUCAAGGAGCUCGACACUUGUUGCCAUUAGUUGUUUCCUGCCCUCCAUGGGCAACUGCUCUUCCUGCCUUGGCCUGGGCCGCUCUGGGUCUGAUGCUGAGAAUCCUGAAACCUCCCGGCUCCUCUACGACGACCCAUACCCACCCAACUAUGGUGGUUUGAAUAAUGGUGUUCCAAAUGGCCUGAGUCAGGCUGACCAGCAAGACAUCAAGCGCGAGAGGGAGGCCCUCGAGAGAGUGUGCCUGCAGACUUCAGACAAACUAAUUGACAUCUUCGCCCUGCAACACCAACCCGCCGAUUGCGAUUCUGCCGAGACUAAAUCAGACCGUUAUCAUCGCCUGAUCGACAAAGUCCUGGCGAGUCAAGGCCAUAAUAACCUUUCAAUGGCUAAAGCUGGAGAAAGCGAGGAGCAACACUGGCUGGUAGCGAUGGCGGAAAAUCCAACCACGACGACUACCACGCGUGGUUGGCGAUCUGUAAACGGGAACGAAGUGGGCGAACUCCUCGGAACGUUUUCAGCGCCCCCACGGAGCAAGAAGGUGGCAAAGGCCAUCCGAUAGGAAAACUGAUUUAAAUUAGGCGGCUAUAGAAGUGUCGAGCUACUAUUUGGUCUAAUCUUGCCUUGCAAGGACAAUACGUGGGCCGGGAUUUUAUGAG